AUGCCUACUCCAAGUGAAGACACGCUGCCACCGCCUGCAUCUGUUGAGUCCGCUGCGCCUGCAUCGAAUGGCUUCACAAGCUGUCCACCGGAGGAGACUCGCGAAUACCAUGCGCCACGCGAACAGCGGUCAGAGCGGUCAGGCUCAGCACAGCCAUCAGAAAGAGCUGAGAGCGCCCCGAGAGACAUCGAUGAAGGCGAUACGCAGGUGACUUCUGAGUUGACAACGUCAGAUGAAGAUGAUGGAAAUGGCACAAACACAACGAUGGCGUCGUCGACUGCACUUUCAAAGGCAGAGCAUCUGGAAGACACUGGAAUGUUAGCAGAGCCACCAAGCCCAACAGUUGGAUGUCCAGAUGCACCUAGUGACAGCGAUGCGCGAUUAGCCCAGUCAAUGUCCACCGCUGCGAUAUCGCCGUCAGAAGUACCUUCGCCGCAAUAUUUGCACUUUCCAGAACUGGACUGGGAUAGGGUAGGUCUUCCAUGUGACCGAGCAACAAGGACUGUAUGAGGCUGAUAGGGCAUCACAGCAAAUCUCACGAAACUCUGUAUCCUCGUUUUUACGGCCUGGUAGUAAGUUCAGGGGAACGCAACAAUCCGACCGACAAGUAUAUGAUGUCCAAGUGGAGAUCAAGGAUGUCGAUCUUGCCGAAUCGUUUCUGUGCGGCUACUUGCGCAUUCAAGGUACGCAACGCUCCUGCAAUCAUUCGGAAUACAGUCGUACGAAGCUGAUGCGCUCAAGGUCUUACCGAUGACCACCCAACGCUCACGACAUUCUUUGAGGGCGAAAUCAUUGGUCCGAAGUAUCUAUUCAAGACCGCUCAUCCAACUUGGGGUAGCAGUGAGAAAGUCGAUCUGCAACACUGGGCGCGCUUUCCUGCGUGGCGACCGCUCGCGAAGUCGUCCAAGUCCCCAAACUUUAGCCUCAAGAACUAUUUACAGCGCGAGCACCUGUUCAUGCGCUGGAAGGAGUACUUCCUGGUCCCAGACCACCGAGUGAAGACGAUAACAGGAGCCAGCUUUGAGGGCUUCUACUACAUCUGUUUUAACCAGUGUUCCGGAAACGUCAGCGGCAUCUACUUCCAUGCUAAGAGCGAGAAGUAUCAGCAACUGGAGCUCCAGCACGUCGAAGACCGUGGAUGUAUGCCGGCAGUGGAGUUUCGAUGA